AUGAUUUCGAGCUGGUUAUCAGCAACCAAAAUUCUUCUCAAUUUGACCCAAUAUCGAGAAACGUUAUAUAUUAUAUUCGGUAUUGUAUGUUUAGCAGCUUGGCUCAUUUUCAACAUAUACGCCCUCAGAGAGAUGUUAUGUCCGUUCUUUUAUGAAAUUCCGGAUGUUGAAAGUGGCGAAAUGAAUUUUGCACCUUUGAAUAAAAACAAAGACAACUUCACGCCGAUCGAUGUAGCUGGCUUAUAUAAGGAUUGUAAAUAUACAAGGAAUGACUUUCUAGUCUGA